GAGUCGGGGGCUAGAGCGGCCAGAACAUCGAGUUGAGCGGCUCCCGGGCAGGCGACGGCCGCGUUAGGCCGGGGGCGGGGCCGCCUCGGGCGGAGGCCGGAGCCGGAAGCGGAAGAGGUGCUCGGAGCGGGGAGUGGGGCCUAGCCGCAGCCAGAGCCUCGGAGACGAUGCAUCACUGUAAGCGAUACCGUUCCCCUGAGCCAGACCCGUACCUGAGCUACCGAUGGAAGAGGAGGAGGUCUUACAGUCGGGAGCACGAAGGGAGACUGCGCUACCUGUCCCGAAGGGAGCCUCCACCCCGCAGGUCUCGAUCCAGAAGCCAUGACCGCCUGCCCUACCAGAGGAGAUACCGGGAGCGGCGAGACAGCGAUACGUACCGAUGUGAAGAGCGGAGUCCCUCCUUUGGGGAGGAUUGCUAUGGAUCAUCUCGAUCACACCAUCGGCGGCGGUCACGGGAGAGGGAGCCAUAUCGGACCCGCAAACACGCCCAUCACUGCCACAAACGCCGCACCAGGUCUUGUAGCAGUGCCUCCUCGAGAAGCCAACAGAGCAGUAAGCGCAGCAGCCGGAGUGUGGAAGAUGACAAGGAGGGCCACCUGGUGUGCCGGAUCGGCGAUUGGCUCCAAGAGCGAUAUGAGAUUGUGGGGAACCUGGGCGAAGGCACCUUUGGCAAGGUGGUGGAGUGCUUGGACCAUGCCAGAGGGAAAUCUCAGGUUGCCCUGAAGAUCAUCCGCAACGUGGGCAAGUACAGGGAGGCCGCCCGGCUAGAGAUCAACGUGCUCAAAAAAAUCAAGGAGAAAGACAAAGAGAACAAGUUCCUGUGCGUCUUGAUGUCAGACUGGUUCAACUUCCAUGGUCACAUGUGCAUCGCCUUUGAGCUCCUGGGCAAGAAUACCUUUGAAUUCCUGAAGGAGAAUAACUUCCAGCCUUACCCCCUGCCACACGUGCGGCACAUGGCCUAUCAGCUCUGCCACGCCCUCAGAUUCCUCCACGAGAACCAACUGACCCACACAGACUUGAAGCCAGAGAAUAUCCUAUUUGUGAAUUCUGAGUUUGAGACUCUCUACAAUGAGCACAAGAGCUGUGAGGAAAAGUCGGUGAAGAACACCAGCAUCCGAGUGGCCGAUUUCGGCAGUGCCACCUUUGACCAUGAGCAUCACACAACCAUUGUGGCCACCCGUCACUAUCGCCCACCUGAGGUGAUCCUUGAGCUGGGGUGGGCACAGCCCUGCGAUGUCUGGAGCAUUGGCUGCAUUCUCUUUGAGUACUACCGGGGCUUCACGCUUUUCCAGACCCAUGAGAACCGAGAGCACUUGGUGAUGAUGGAGAAGAUCCUAGGCCCCAUUCCUUCACACAUGAUUCACCGCACCAGGAAGCAGAAGUAUUUCUACAAAGGGGGCCUGGUCUGGGACGAAAACAGCUCGGAUGGGCGGUAUGUGAAGGAGAACUGCAAACCUCUGAAGAGUUACAUGCUCCAAGACUCCCCGGAGCACGUGCAGCUGUUCGACCUGAUGAGGCGGAUGUUAGAGUUUGACCCCGCCCAGCGCAUCACACUGGCAGAGGCCCUGCUGCACCCCUUCUUUGCUGGCCUGACCCCUGAGGAGAGGUCCUUCCACAACAGCCGUAACCCAAGCAGAUGACAGGUGCAGGCCCCUGCACAGGAAAUGGAGGUCAGGACUGGGCUGCCCGGCUGGCCCCCUUUCUCCAACUUCCAACACCAGGCCCCAGGGCCAGAGCCACCCAGCGAACAGUGCAAUGUGAAGGAAGGCAGGAGCCUGCAGGGGAGGGGACUUGGUGCCCAGCUGCCAGAAAGCACAGAUUUGACCCAAGCUAUUUAUAUGUUGUAAAGUUAUAAUAAAGUGUUUCUUACUGUUUGUAACCCCUGGUACCCGUGUGUCCGUCUCCAGGCUCCUUGCCUUCCCCUCCUCCUUCCCUGACCUUGUUAAUAAAGUCUUUCUUAGCAGUUCA